AUGGUCGAGAGGACACACUCGCCGUUCAUGCCCUCUCACGAGGAGAGAAUGUCGCCAAAUCCUGCCCAGCCCAAAGUCAAGAAGGCACCGACCCCCGUGUCCGUGCACUUUCUUGGAACAUGUAGUGUCGACUUUGGCAACAACAUUUGGUUGUUCGAUGCGGCCGAUGGCACAAACAACCGCCUUCACCAGUCCUCGUUGCGCAUGGUCAACAUUUCUCGCAUUUUCGUCACACACAUGCAUGCCGACCAUGUGCUGGGCAUCGUGGCCAUUCUGGCCGUGGUCAUGAGUGGUGUGGGACAGACGCCUGAAGGACUGGAGAGGCUCCGCAAGCAGGGCGUGAACAAGAAGGCCGAUAUCAACAUUUACGGCCCCGUCGGUCUUCGCGAAUUCAUCCGUAACAUCUUCCGCAUCACGACUGCGACGCUCACAGGAGCGUUUGCUGUCCACGAGCUCAUUCCCGAGGGCAGUCAACCUUCUGCCGGUUGCUCUCCCGAGGAGCUUCACGUCAAUGAAGCUGUUGGCAGGGACAUCUACGCCAACGCCGAGGGUGUCUGGGAAACUAUUGUCGACGAGGCGCUUUUCAAAGGCAACAAGGGCUGGAGUGUGAAUGCUGGGCCUUUGGUGCAUCGAGUCCCCUCAAUCGGUUACGUGCUCAAGGAGCCCGAUCCUACGCAUCCGCUGGACCACCAGCGUCUUAUCCCACUACUCCAGGCCAACUCCAAGGCCCUCGCCGCAAUGGAUCCACCCAUCAAGCACCCACUCUCUGUCCUCUCUCACCUCACUUCCCUUCCCCGACCACCACCCUUCACUCUUCCGUCUGGAGAGGUACUCCACCCACCAGAGCCGACUGGCGAGCAGGGCCGAAAGCUCGUCAUCUUUGGCGACUGUUCAGGUGGAACGCCGAACAAGGCGCUGCAAGCACUUUGCAGCAAUGCCUCUCUGCUCAUCCACGAGUGCACCAACGCCGCCAUUCCCGAAUCCGUGCAAAAGGGAGACAAGGGGCGGGCGGUGCGCGCCUCGGGCUUGGAACAGAGCUUGGAGAAGAAGCGUGAUAAAGAAUUUGAACUCGCCGCAAAGGACCGUGGUGUCGCCCGUGAACCAUGGGUCUUUCACGGCAGGCAUGACACGCUUGCUGCUGCCGUUGCCGCCGAGGACGAGUUUGAGGCCAAGCGGAUCCAGGUGCGCAAGAAGGCCCAGUCACGAGGCCACUCGACGCCGGACGAUGUCGGCGAGUUUGCCAACACUAUCGGGGCGCGUCGUGUGGUGGUCAACCACUUUAGUGCAAUGUUUCCAUCGCCAAAGUAUACAACCAACGACCCGUUCCCCUCCCUGUUGUCCCGGAUGUCGCCCUUCCCAUACCCAACGACCUCGGCAGCGUACCACGAGGCCAACACCCCGGCCAAGCCACUACACCCAAGCGAGCUGCAUCUCCGCGUCAUCAUGCAGUCGCUCGUCAACCAGAUCAGUGCAGCGUGGAACGGGCGCGAUUGCGAAGACCACGCGGUGCAAGGUCCAGAACAGCAUUUUGUGCGCCUCGCGGUCCCGUCUCGCGACUUCAUGGUCAUCCGCGUACCCAGCCACGAGCUCACAGAGCACGAGAUGGACACUAUGCGCGAGGCCCGAGAGGAGAUCGUGUACGUCAUGAAGAGCUGGGCGGACUAUGGCGGCGCGUGGGUGGAGGAGGACGGGGAGGAGAAGCGGUGGGUCGGAGUCUGA